AUGGGGCCCCGGCCCUUCACCCUCCUGGGCCUCGUGCUCUGUCUGGGCCAGAUGAUCCACACGCAGGAGGGGGCCCUGCCCAAGCCCUCCCUCAGGGCCGAGCCAGGCCCUGUGAUCCCCCGAGGAUGGCCUGUGACCUUCGUGUGCCGGAGCCCAGCUGGGGCUGAGUUAUUCCGCCUGGAGAAGGAUGGAAGCCAAGAAGUCAAUGAUCAGAAAAGUGAGCCUCAAGAUGGUUCCCAGGGGACACAGGCCAGAUUCCUCAUCAGCAAGGUGGAUGAUGACACUGCCGGGAGUUACCGCUGCCUCUGUAAACAAGGAUACAGCUGGUCUGAGCGCAGUGAGCCCCUGGACCUGCAGGUGACACAGGAGGACGUCUCCACUCAGCCCCCAGGAGACACAUGGACCCAGUCACAGGACAAUAGGAGUCGCGGCCUGUCGAGCACAGACAUUUACAUCCUUGUUGGGACCUCCGUGGCCUUUCUCCUUUGUGUCCUCCUGCUGGUCCUCUUCUUAGUUCACCGUCAGCAUCAGAGAAAACACAAGCCCCUCCACAGCAAAGGCGAGGAGCAGAGGCCCCAGGAAAGGCUUAUCCAGGCUGCUGACAUCACAGAGAGCACACCAGAUGAGGCCACAGUCUAUGCACUUCCCAAGAAAAAGAGGGAGCUGCAGAGCCCAAGCCCUGCUGCGGGAGACGCCCAGGAGGUGACAUACGCCCAGCUGGACCAGCGGGCCCUCACCCUCAGAGCAGGCCAGGCUGUGUCCCCACCGCCCGUGGAGCCCACAGCUGCUGCCAGCACAUACGCAGAACUCCCCAGACGCUGA